AUGAUCCCCCCUUGCGACCCCUCCAUUCUGGAACAUAACCCCAAGUUCAAAAGACUAUAUGAGAAUCUCAUCAACAAUUUUUUGAAUCCAGAUGGCUCAACUCGUGCUAGCACAGACCCCGCUCGAGAGGCUGUUGUGGAGGACCUGAAGCAAUGUCAAAUAAAACGUGCCAAGAAGAGAAUCAAAGAGCGCACGCUCAGGCAGCUAGCGUUCGCGUCCGACAGCGAUCUUCGUGAUGAGUGCCAUGAUAACCUUGCCAUAAUAUCCAUAUACCUCGAUACCCCUCGCGCCGCAAUUGAGCCCGAUACUCCCGCCCAAGAGCCCCAAGAUGUGAAGCAGGGACAGGGAAAAGACGACGCGCUCUCCCUCCUCUCCCACGACUUCGAGACCUUCUACUCACAUAUACCAUCCUUUAUCCUCCAAUUCUCUCACAUUCUGUCAAGCGCAAUCAGCGAUCUUCGCACAAUAGCGGCAAUUACCACCGAUGAUUCUGUAGUCGUUGAACCCGAGCUAGAACCCAAACCAUCACGGACACGGACCAUUCCCGCCCUAUCCCGCUCCUCUUCGAACCACUAUUCCCGAGCGCGCGCCCGAGAUCGCCGUGUCAGAACCUCAAUGGCUCCUGUUCCACCUCUGUCCACAGUCCUCCGGGAACGGGUCCGUGCACUCCGCAGCAUCCAGCUCUCCGAUCUGCCCUCAGCGCGGCGUCAGAUGGCCGCGACGGCUGCAGAGGUUCUGUCCGUACAGGCACAAGUGAUGGAGCGGACAGUCAUUCUUCUAGAGCGGGUAAAGCAUGGAGCCCUGGCGCGGGCGACGAAGGCUCGAGCAGAGCAUCUGGCCGUUGUGGCGCAGGGGGUGGAAGGCAAAUUAGAGGUUACCAAGCUUGAAAUAGCUGCUACACUAUACACACCCGAGACAUCAUUUGCACUUGGUCGUUACCAGCAGCAUCUUCGUGAGACGAGGGCACGGCUUGAUGAGCGGAGAGAGAUAGCUAUCGAGGAAUUGAGCCGUUAUGGGAAUGUUGAGGGAGCGGCUUCCGAGUCUGGUAGUAUUGAUCGGAGUAGCACCUUCACGGAAACUGCGCGAAGAUAUGGGGUGCUUGCUAAGGAGGUUGAGGGGGUGAAAAUGGAGAUUGCUAGGUUGGGAGAGUAG